AGUUAGUACGAGCGACUCGCUUGGAUCGGGUUGUGGUGGGGUUUUGUGGCGGACUAGCGAUGGCGCUAGCAGCUUGAAGCGAGGUGAAAAGUGGAACCGGUUACGUUGUGUUGCUAUUCCAGCGAUUGUUGUCAUACGCACCACGCCAGACGCGUGCCCAAAUCUUGUGAGCAAGCUGCAGCCCAAAAGCACGCUCAUUGCACUUCCAUCUGGUGCCGACGCAGAUGGUUCGCGUUCCGUGACGUUACCCAUCAUUCCGCCGAGCGUUUUCCACCGAGCUUAACAGCAACGCAGCCGUUUCAGUGUGUGCGUGCAAACCACUUCGCAGCCGUAUGCCGGCGAAAGAGUUCCUCCACCGCGCGCAUACACCAUUCUCCCUGCGCGAAAGUUUUAGCUCACGACAGUGACGCCACGAUCAAGUCAGAGCGCGCGCUCGCUCGUUACCGACCGCCCGUUACGGUGACGACACAAUCUUACAUCCCCUCGCCGGCAGGGGGUGAGUAAACACGGCCCCCGAGGGCAACCCUGCUCACCGUACGGAUAGAAGUAAAAAGCAAAAGCGCGAGUUGACCCUUGCGAGCAUUCUUGACGCGCACCAACACGCGAAUCACGCUGCGGCUUCCCGGCGGCGCGUUACCAUUUUUCUUGCAGAAUCUCACGCCUCAGUUCGCAACGAGACUCCGAGCGAAGACGUACUCGCUAGGAGCACACAUAGAGAUCCCCGUUCCACCGUAGCCGUACGACGAUGGCUGUCGAUCAGAAGCUGGAGGAGCUGAUGGGGUUGCUUGGUGACUUUGGCCGGUACCAAGCAUUCCAAUUUGUGCUCCACCUUCUAGCCGCUGUAACCGCCGGUCUGCACAUGCUAUCCCUGGUGACAGUUGCUGCCGUGCCAGAGCACCGCUGCUUCAUAGACGCACUGGAUUCGGCUUCUGCUACGGCAAACGGAACCGUCCUGCCCACCAUCAGCCAGCUGGCAAGCUACAUUCCGCUCAACGCAGAUGGAGAGCUAGAGUCCUGCCUAAUGUACGAUCCGCUCGCACCGGACAACGGUACGACCGUCUCGUGCAGCGCGUACGUGUACAACAACACCUACUACCAGUCGUCGCGAACGAUCGAAUGGAACCUGGUAUGUGACAAGCGGUGGAUGGGCGCACUCGGCCAGACGAUCUACAUGCUGGGCGUGUUUACCGGUGCGGUAUGGUUGGGCGGGCUGGCCGACAAGAUUGGCCGCAAGAAGGUGUUCUGCUGGUCGGCACUGAUGCAGCUGAUUCUGGGUGUGGCCGUUGCUUUCACGCCCGAGUUUAUCUCGUUCCUGGUGCUGCGCUACCUGUACGGAAUCUUUGGCAGUGCCGGAAGCUACAUUACCGGGUUCGUGCUGACGAUGGAACUGGUGGGGCCGAGCAAACGAACACCGUGCGGUAUCUCCUUCCAGGGUGCGUUUGCCGGUGGCAUUAUGCUGGUUGCGGCCUGGGGUGCACUGAUACCCGAUCGGAUGAUCCUGCAGGUUGUGUAUGGGUUGCAUGGUCUGCUGCUGGUCGCGCACUGGUGGAUUAUGGACGAGUCUCCCCGGUGGUUGUGGAUGCAGGGUCGCAAACGGGAAGCGGUCAACAUUAUAGACCGUGCUGUACGCAUGAACGGACGUGGUAUGAACGUCGACAAGGAGUACUAUCUCGUGGAGGAUAAGACGACGUUCACCGAGGAGGCGGGAGCAACAUCGGCCGGUCUUGGUGAUCUGUUCAAAACACCCAAUCUGCGCAAAAUGACGCUGAACGUGUGUCUCUGCUGGUUUGCCAACUCGAUCACGUACUACGGACUGUCGCUGAGCGCCGGCAAACUGAGUGGCAAUCCGUUCCUCAUCCUGUUCCUGAUGGGUCUGGUAGAGUUCCCGAGCUACAUCUCAAUCAGCUACCUGCUCGACAAGCUCGGUCGCCGUUCAAUCACCAGCUCGCUUAUGAUUGUCGGUGGCAUUUGCUGCAUUGUAGCGGCGUACCUUACCCGAGGCAGCACCGAAUCUACGUCGAUUGUUAUGUUCGGUAAGCUGUUCAUUGCCGGUUCGUUUGCCGUCAUCUACAACUACUCGGCCGAGCUGUUCCCGACCGUUGUGCGAAACUCGGCCAUGGGUCUCGGGUCGAUGUGCGCCCGUUUGGCCGGUGCAAUGACGCCCAUGAUUACGCUGCUCGAUUCAUUCGAUCCGAAGAUCCCGGCCGUGAUAUUUGGCGUGAUAUCGCUGGUGUCCGGCACCUGGGUUCUGUUUUUGCCCGAAACCAUGGGCAAAUCGAUGCCGCAAAGUUUGAUCGAUGGGGAAAACUUUGGUCGGGGAGACACAGCGUUCUCGAGCUGCAUGGGACGGAAUAAAACGCACACGGAAGACUUUCCACCGCCCCAGCAGAUGGUGCCACUGCGAAAGAACAGCCGGUAAAGUAGGUAGCGAUUGGUUUAGUUAUGUAAGCAGGACCGCAAAUACAAUGUUUGAUGGUCAUUAAACGUA